AUGGCGGACCAAGUCGCAAUCAUCGGAGCUGGCUUGUCGGGCUUGACACUAGCCCUGGCUCUGGACCAGCAGGGCAUCCGAGCCACAGUAUACGAGUCGCGGCCUGCUCCUCUCAACAUUGGCGGCGCCGUGAUGCUAUCACCCAACGCAUUGAAGGUCCUCGAUGCCCUCGGUCUGUAUCGGCACGUCCACGACCGUGGCUUCAACUUCGACCUUUUAGAGAUGCAGCAAGUCUCGGGCGAAGUGAUCGAGACGUACGAAUUCGGCGGCCUGGAAAAGUACGGGUAUCAAGCGAGCCGGAUCUACCGGCACGAACUCAUCGAAAUUCUCUUGUCCGAGAUCCAGUCAAGAGGCAUCCCGGUCAAAUACGGUCGAAAGUAUUCUCGCGUUGUCGAGGAGACUGCCGCUCAAGUGGUCUGGGAAUCUACCGACGGCACCGUGUCUCGCGCUUCGUGGCUAGUUGGCGCCGACGGCAUCCAUUCGUCUGUUCGCAAAUACCUGUAUCCCGCGCUGACGCCGAAAUUCACCGGCAUGGUCGGCAUCUCAGCCGCGGUGCCGGCGAGUCAAGUCACAGGGGCGAAGCCCUUUGCAAAGAUCACUCACCCGCUGACGAUUGUGUCGAAAAACAAAGAGAAGGGUGCCUUUGUCAUGGCCCCGCAGAAGGUCGACGGCUCGGAACUGUUCAUCGGCAAGCAGAGGCGCAUGGCAGAGCUCACUCGAGACGGCUGGGACCGUUUCCUCGCAGACAAGGACGGGCUGGUCAAGUUCCUUCGAGAAGAUGCCGAGGCGUUUGGAGAGGUUGGCGUCACGGCCACGCAGGACAUUCCUCACGACAAGGUCAACGUCUGGCCAUUCUACGUCAUCCCCAAACUGGACGCCUGGGCGUCCGAGAACCGACGGGUCGUUAUCCUGGGCGAUGCCGCUCACGCGAUCCCCCCGAGCGCCGGGCAGGGCAUCAAUCAGGCGUUCGAGGACGUCUACAUGUUUUCCCUACUGUUGGCGGCGAGCACAGGCAAUGGUGGUGGUGGUGGUGGUGGUGGUAGUGGCGGUGACGGUGGCAGUGGCAGUGGUGGUGUGGUGGGAUUCGAACCUGCCUUGGCCUUCUGGCAGGACUAUCGACAGGACCGGAUCAACAAGGUCCUAGAAUUGAAUAAGCAGAUCGACUUGAGGAGACUGCCGAAACCGGCCCAGAAGGAACACGAACACGAAGAGGUGGAGGUGGUGGCACCGCAGGAGUUCGACUUGACUUGGCUGUAUGAACCGGAUUUCAGGGCCGAAGUAGAAACUUGGAUCAAAAGUGCUGGUGGUAGUGAUCCUGGCCCGAAUACCUAA